UUUGUAUUUGGCAGCCUUUCGAGUAAAAUCAACAUUUGAAGAUCGAGAAGUGUAUAUAUAUUUUAGAAUAUAAUAUAGUGAACUGAAAUUAACCAUUCAAGAAAAAGGAUAUUUGUGCUAACAAAACUAUUAAAUAAAAAAUUGCCUUAAAUAAAUAUAAUUAAUUAAAUAGUUGAAAAUGAUUUGUCCUAAGCGUACGUCCGAAUUAAUAGACCUGCAUUUGGCACCAUUUAAAGAUAAAGAUCCUGCAUGGGAAGUUGGUGUUUCGAAAAUUGCAGGGCGUGGUGUUUUCGCAACACGCGAUCUAAAACGCGGUGAAAUCAUUUUUCGCGAUAUGCCAUUGAUAAUUGGUCCUGCGGCGCGUAAAGAGGACACGUUGAAUAUGUGUACGAUGUGUUUUAAAAUGUUGCCCGAUACGAAAUUUAUGUGCCGUCAGGGUUGCUCCUUGCCUAUAUGUGCAUUGUGUGGUAAGAAGAAAGAACACAAAGCUGAUUGUGAUCUUCUCAAAUCAUGGGGACCCAAUGAACCAGACGUGGCUAAUUCCGUUGUUAUACGUUUAUUGUGUGUGGCGCGCGCCAUAAAUCUCACCAAGGAUCAACGUGAUCUUAUUUAUUGUUUGCAAGCUAAUUUGGACAAUAACCAUCGUACAGAGGUACGCAAUGGAGCAAAAUGUUUCAAGAACUUUCCAAAUGAUAAGAAAAUAUUCGAAAUUAUGAAUCGCACAGUGGCUGUUUUGCGUACAAAUGGUUUUGAUGAGACCUCUGAGCGCACAAAUGACAAUCAGGAAUUUUUCUAUCGUGCUCUGUUUCCACUCUUUGCUGUUAUGAAUCAUGAUUGUGUACCAAAUUCGUAUUAUACUUUCGAGGAGAAAACUAAUAUAAUGACCGCACGUGCUUCGGUGGACAUACCAGCCGGAACUGAGAUUACAACAACUUACACAAAACUAUUCACAGGAAAUAUCGCAAGACAUUUGUUUCUAAAAAUGAAGAAAACUUUUACCUGCAAAUGUGCAAGAUGCUCUGAUCCAACAGAAAAUGGAGCCUUUAUAUCUGCACAAUAUUGCCGUGAUCCCAAUUGCUCUGGUAUGACAGUACCAGAAACAAAAGGCAUGCCGCAUCCAAACUGGAAUUGUCUUGUUUGUAAGCAGAAAUCAACAAAUCCACAAAUGGUUAAAGCACAAGAUCUUGCCGCUGGUGCCAUAAGUGCUAAGUUAAAUUCUAAUUCACUCAAGUCCCUCGUUUUAUACUUGAGGGAUAAAAGUUCAAGUUUCAUACCUGACAGUAACUAUGCAGUCAUAGAUGCUAAACUCAUUUGCAUACGACGCCUGGCGGCUGGAAAAGAAGAUUGUAAUGAUGAAGAAGCAGCGACUAAAGUGAAAUUUUGUCAGGAUAUAAUUGCUAUAAUGGAUAAAUUGGGGUUGGGUGAUUGUUUAAUACGCACAUAUUUAGAUACGGAAAUGACUAAAUAAAUGCAUUAAAAAAAUUAUGAAAGUUAAAAUUUAAAACUUAACAUAAGAUUAAGUAUAUUACUUACAUUGAUAGUGUGAGAUUUGUUGUAAUAGAUUUUACCUUUCUUUU